ACUCAUACACAUAUAUAUAGAUAGCUAAAAUACAUUGUUCGUCUUGCUCUAAUAAACAUAAUCAGCAUGUUGUCUUUUUCAUUGAAAAGAGAUAACAGUUAGUACAGUAUUACGAUAUAGAUAAUCGUGUCUUUCAGUUGGACAGCUUGCUAUUUCUGCGUGGUAAAACGUAUGUAACUGAGGACGUGUACUGACUGCGUACGUUAAAUAGUUGUACAUAUGUAAAAUGUCGUUGGAGAGCAUUCGAUGACAUAAGGGAAGAUAUAUUAAUCACGGCAAUGUUAAAAAGAUUAGUUAGGGUGAUUAAUGUAAAAUGGCGAAAAUCGUAAGGACAUCCGAUUCGGUGUCUACGAUUUUAGUAUGUGAAUAUUGCACUAACCUCACGUUUAAGCACAUUCAAGAUUUCAUUAGACAUUUGAGAGAUCAGCAUUGUUCAAGGGAAGGUGGAUCAUUUGUAUGCUUGUACGGUUAUAAUGGAGUAUGUACUAGUCUUCCAGUGGAAGGUGUUUCGGAUAAAGAUUAUGUAGCCCAUGCGACAAAGCAUGCAACGAUGCAGCAACAAUGUAAAAGUAAUGGUCAGAUUCUAGAGCCUGGCUCUACUUGGACUGUUUAUUCAGCAAUACAAAAUCUAUCCGCUGUGUUAAAUGAUCCGUUUAAAGGGAAACAAAAUAAUUUCUUUACUCGUACAUGGGGUGAUAGUUUCGUAGAAAAGGUGGACAUUCCCAAGAGCCCUUAUCUUCCGGAAGUUACUAUGCAUCAUUUUGAAAUAUACCUGAAAAAAUUUGCACGUAGAUAUCGUAAACACUCACGGAUGAAUAGUAAUGCAAUUAGUAGACCGACUAUUCCAAAUGAAUUAUUACAAAAUUUUCCAAAUUUGAGAAGAGUUAAAUCAAUAGAUCAAAGUCAGUUUGGUUUAUCUAAUAUUCCAAAGAUAUUUUUAACACCAAAUUUAGAUCUUUCACAGAAAGAAAAUUUUGAAGCAGUAUUUCCAUUCACAAAAGAGGGCCUAUUAGAUAAGGAAUACAAUGUAGUAUCGCAUAUUGAACAGAUGCAGGAGAAGCUAAGUCACUAUUUAGAUACUGUAGAAGUUAGAAUUGCAGAACAAGUAGCUUCUAAAUCUCAAGCGUUCUUUAAUGCAAUGACUUCUCAUGAUGCUUUAAUGGAGCAGCUUUCUCAAACUAUCACCGUAUUAAAAGCAUUAAGAGAAAAUAUUCACCAAGUUGACAAAUAUCUAGUCAAAAAUUCUUUUAAAGUUUUACAAUUAGAAAGAGCUCGGACGAAUCGAUUUUUAGUAUACGAAAAAUUGAAGCUAAUGGCAACUGUGCAUCAAAGUCAACCAAUGAUACAAUUAUUACUUUCUACACCUGACUACGUUGCAGCAUUAGAUCUUAUAUCUACGACACAAGAGAUUUUGUUACAAGAAUUAAAUGGAGUGCAUAGCUUUCGGCACUUAAGUUCUCAAUUAACAGAAAUGGAAAAGCUUGUAAAUAAAAUGCUUACAACAGAAUUUCAAAAAUAUGCUACUGCUGAUUUAAAUAGACCAUUAGACGAAGAAGAUAUUGUGUUGGAUCCAGAUAAACUUGUUUCCAUCAUUUCUGGACUACUGCGUCAAAAGCAUUUGCACUUUGUGGAAACUUACAUAUUUGAGGCUACUACUACCAUCCGAGCUAUAAUUAAGCAAAGAGUUAUAGAAGCUCUUGCAGCAAGCGAUUGUUGCAGUGAUCAACAAGCAGCAGCUCUCGAAGUUGGUGGUCUUUCCCAUGCAGAAAGGUUAACAUUUCUUCACAAUACGAUACAUUCUCUAACCAAAUUGCUAGUACGUGUCAAGGCUGUUCAUGAUGUAAUGCGUGACACUGUAGAUUUAUCUGCUGGAUAUAUGAUCGAUGGUUCAUAUGAUGAAUCUAUACCUGAUCGUUUAUUGACAAAAAGUGAACAUAUUCAUGUAACUACAGCACUUACUAAUAUGCUUAUAAGUCUUUGCUAUUCCUGCCAAGAAAGUCUGGGGAAUAUGCUUUCCGCAGAAAGUUUUUUCUUCAAAAAGCAAUUUCCUAAUGAAAAAGAUAAAUUGUGCAGUGAAGAAGAUAAUAUAUCUGAAAGUUUGUUAAAUUAUAAUCUAGUCGAAAAAACAUUUUGGCUAAGCGACAAAGCAACGACCACUCAAGUUUGUCAAUUGGCAAAUAUAGUGGAAGAAUUUACAGAAGUAUGCGAAAAACUUUGUGGUGAACAAUGUAGUAAAUUGCGAUUUGCAUUCAAGGCACAAGCAAUCAAGUUUGUACAAAAAUUUCAUGCAGAACGUAAAUCAAGACUUACUCUCUUAUUAGAAUCUGAAAGAUGGAAACAGGCUGAUGUUCCACCUGAAUUCCAAUCAUUGGUAACUUAUAUUUAUCAAGAAAAUAAAUUUCCGCCUGGUCCAUUUAAACGAGAUGAUGACGUAAAAAAUGAUAGUACUGAAUCGUUCAUUAUAGUUGGAGAAGAAAGAUUUGCAGUCGUUGCUACUGUUUUAAUGCUCAUGCAAAUGAUACAUGAAUAUUGCAGAACUAGCAGUGAGUUAGUAACAUUGUCAGGAACUAUUGGACGACAAUUAGCAGAAUUAUUACGACAUUAUAAUUCUCGGUGUUGUCAAUUGGUUUUGGGUGCUGGGGCAAUGCAAGUUGCAGGUUUAAAAACUAUAACGAGUACAAUUCUUGUAUUAGCAGCACGAAGUCUAAAACUUAUUUUGUGGUUUAUGCCAAAUAUUAAGAAACAUUUUCAAGAUCUCGCAGAACGACAUCCUAAUCGUGGAGUUGUAGGUAUACCAAGUGUAAGUGGUGGAGUGGCGUUAUUAGAUAGCGUAGAAAGGGAUAUAAAGGCUCAUAUAAGGGAGAUUGAAGGAAAAAUUUUAACUAUUGUUGACAAUUUACUAGGUGGUCAAAUAUCAAAAUGGAAUGCAAGACCACCUGUGCCAUCUAAAUCAUUUAGAAAUAUUUCUAGUUAUCUCAUCAAGCUUCAUGAAGCUGUCUCCGGGAUUUUACCACCGGCGGAAGUCGAAUCACUUUAUCGCACAGUAAAUACGUCGUUCAAAGAAAAACUUAGGGAGCAAUUAGUAAAGAUGAAUAUAGUGAAUAAUGGUGGUCCACAACAUGGGGUGGUUACUUUAGAAUUAACGUUUUAUCUCGAAGCAUUAAGAAAAUUGAAAGUUUUACCGAAUGAAGAAUUAAAUGAUAAUUGGAUGAAUGAUAUUUGGACUAGAUAACAUGCAGAGCGUGUAAUAUAUUGCAUCAUAGAAGCAUUGAAACACUAUAGAAAAAGGUGACUAAUCUGUACGGUUGUCUUCUUCCAUAAAAAUGACAGAACGAUUAUAUUGAAUCUGAUAAAACAAUUAUAUGGAGGCGAUAAUGAAAUAUUGCUUGCACUGAACUUUUUUCACUUUUGCACUUAACUAUCGUCCUAUAUUCACAAAGAAAACAAAGAAGGAGAAAAUAAGAAUUAUGUUCGGUGUAUUUUUCAAGGGUUGUAUAGAAGAUGAAUUAUUAUGAUAAUUAUUAUUCAUCAUUAAUUUAUGCCCAUUAAAAAAUAAUAAGCGACAAGAAUUUAAUGAA